GCUAUAGUUGUCAACUACCUUUGUUUUGCUGGAGAGAAGAGGUGCCAUAUUGUGGCAAACAGGAUUUGGCACUUUCUGGAUACAAUCGGUCACAGAUUUCAAUUCUCUGCAUAUAAGAGUUUGUGUAUGAGUUAAACAUCUAUUGAGUUACCCGCCAUAAUGAAUAAAAUGGUAUUUGUUUGAGCCUGUAUGUCUGUUACCCUACAUAUUACCCAUUUCUAUACCUAAGCCAUAUCUAGCAUAAGUCUAUAUGACCAGUUACAGAGAGUAGAUAGGAUCAAAUCUAUAAUGGGUAGUCUGCAUCUUGCUCAUUUGAAGAAACAGGCCUCAUUUUUCCUGAGGGAGAAGCUGAAAACAGCAAGGCUUGCUCUAACUGAUGUCACAGAACCUGAAUUGAAGACAGAGGAAGCAACAAACAGUGACCCAUGGGGGCCAGAGACCCGUACAAUGGCUGCAAUUUCUCAGUCUGCAUUCGAUGUAGACAACUAUUGGAGAAUUGUUGAUAUUUUACAUAAGAGGUUGAGUGUUUUUGAUACGAAGAUGUCAAGAAGUAUUUUCAAAACGUUAGUUCUUUUGGAGUACCUGUUGACGCAUGGUCCAGAGAGUGUUGCAGCAGAGUUUAGGAGUGACAAGACUGCUUUUCACCAAUUAGCCCAUUUUCAAUAUACUGAUGACCUUGGUUUUGAUUGGGGUCAGAGCAUCCAACGAAAAGCAGACAGGAUCCUUGAGCUUCUUAAUCAAGAGAAGUUUCUGAAAGAAGAGCGUAACCGUGCUCGGAGAGUUUCUUUUGGAAUCCGAGGAUCUGGAAGUUUUUCUUCUAAAACAUCCUCUUUGGAUGAAUUUACAAGAUAUAACUCCACUUGUCAUCAUGCAGGAGAGGAGAUGAGCACAUCAUAUGAACAUGGAAUCAAUCAGACAAUAGAAAAUAAAAAUAAGAAUCAUGAGAAUGAAGUAAAAAAUGGUUCAAAAAGUGCUUCCAAUCUUGGCUUUUACACCAACUUUACCGUGAAAAAGGAAGAUCUAUGCAAUGAAAAAGAACAUGAUCCUACCAUACCAGCUCCAGAUAAGGGAAAAAGCCCUGAAAUUAAAAAUCAUAGUAAUGAGUAUCCUUCCAACCAUGAGUGGCAACCAUUUGAUGGAAGAAAUGUGUCGAUAGACAAAAAUCCAUUGACUUGCCACUCGUUCCCACUUAAUCAUCAACAUGAAGGACAAAUUGGAGUUCAAGAUGAUCUUAACUCUUCCAAGAAUAAUGCUGCUGAUGAGAUAAAUGAAUAUGAUUUUAGACCUGAAACUGAAAGUGAACCAUUACUUAAUUCCAGUACAGUUGAGCAGAACCCCAGACAAAUAGCUUUAGCUUUCGGCGAAAUUCAUCCAUUUGAUGACUUUGAAAAUGACACUAGUGAAGGUUUGCUAUCACAUAAACAUAAGAAGAGCCCAGUCAGUAUUUUCGACAUUCCUCAUUCUGCAGGGCGUGUCAUCAAUAUUUAAUUUUUCUUUACUAAACGGAAAGAAGAUCUUGUAUGGCGUAUAUUACAAUGCAUUUACAUUGUGUCCAAGUGUUUAUUCUCAUCGUCUGUUGCAUACUGCAUGAUUUCCAGGGGUGUUCAUCAUUGAAUUCUGUGUAGUAAAAUGCCAAAAGGCUGUUAAUACUAUUCAAAGAAUGCAAUAUUAAAGAGUUUUUAAAAAUU